AAGAAGAAAAUGGUUACGAAGAGAAAGAGAUUGAAUCUUGCUCCUUAUCUUCGAUCACGAACUCCUUUGGAUCCCAGUUUCCGGUGCUAAUCCACGAGCUAUGGCGGCAGCAAUUCUGCAAGUUCAUCACCUCCGUAUCUGCAAUUCCAACGCGUGCCGGCGUGUUUCCUCCGAGAAUAACCGGAAAGGGAACGGAAAUCGGAACCCAGAUAUUGUAAUCGAGCCACGAAAACUAGCUCGGAUGAUCCAUCGGAACCAGUCGAAGCCACGUAAAGCGAAUGAUCCUGCGCUCACGCGCUCUCUACUCGCUUUCGCCGAUUCCGACGCUCUCCACCUGUUCGACGAAAUGAACAAAGGUGAUCCCUUUGCGUGGAACGUGAUGAUCAGGGGUUUUGCGAAUUGUGGGUUGUAUCAAGAAUCGGUUGAAUUUUAUCGGAGAAUGGUGUUUGCAGGAAUCCAAGCCGAUUCCUUCACUUACCCUUUUGUGAUCAAGUCGUUUGCCGGAAUGUCGUCGUUGGAUGAAGGGGAGAAGGUUCAUGGUAAGAUGAUCAAACUUGGGUUUGACUCAGAUGUUUAUAUCUGUAAUUCUCUUAUCUCUUUGUACAUGAAGCUCGGUUGCAACUGGGCAGCAGAGAAAGUGUUCGAGGAAAUGCCUGAGAGAGACACUGUGUCUUGGAAUUCUAUGCUUAGUGGGUAUCUUGUCCAUGGAGAUGGCUUGAGGUCAUUGAUGAUGUUUAGAGAAAUGUUGGAUGUUGGACUUCAACCGGACAGGUUUAGUAUCAUAAGCGCUAUAGGAGCUUGUUCUCUACUGUAUUGUCUGAAACUUGGAAAGGAAAUACAUUGCCAAGUGAUGCGAAAUGCCAUUGAUAUGGAUGACAUCAUGGUGAAAACAUCGAUUCUCGACAUGUACAGUAAAUGUGGGGAAGUGGGUUAUGUAGAGAGGAUAUUUAACGAUACGAUGCAACGAAACAUCGUAGCGUGGAAUGUCAUGGUAGGAUGUUAUGCUCAAAAUGGUCGAGACGUCGAUGCUUUUCUCUGCUUGAGUAAAAUGUCUGAGGAAGAAGGGUUGGAUCCUGAUGAUGUUACAUUGAUACAGCUUCUUCCUGUUUGUGCUCUCUUGGAGGGUAAGUCAGUUCAUGGUUACGCCAUUCGGAGAGGAUUUCUUCCUCAUUUAGUGUUGGAAAGUGCUUUGAUUGAUAUGUAUGGAGAAUGCGGAAAUUUGGAAUCUGCCGAGGUUAUAUUUGCUCGAAUGAUUGAGAAGAAUUUGGUCUCGUGGAACUCGUUCAUCGCUGCUUAUGUGCGGAACGGGAAGAAUUUCGCAGCCUUGGAAUCGUUUCUAGAACUUUGGGGAUCGCCUCUUGAACCUGAUUCGACCACAUUCGCUACAAUCCUACCGGCCUAUGUUGAUUCGGGCUCUCUUGGUGGGUGGAAACAGCUUCAUGGUUGUAUCGUAAAAUCGGGAUUUUGCCGGAAUACGAUCAUCUCGAACUCACUUGUUCACAUGUACGCGAUGGGCGGAGACCUUGAGAAUGCGAGGAAAUGUUUCGAUUCUAUCAUGUUGAAGGACGUUGUAUCAUGGAACAGCAUCAUCAUGGCUUAUGCAGUUCAUGGGUUCGGAAGAAUUUCCAUUGAUUUAUUCUCCAAGAUGAUUACGACGAGUGGCGUAAAUCCAAACAAGAGCACCUUUGCUUCCGUAUUAGCAGCUUGCAGCAUAUCUGGCAUGAUAGAUGAAGGAUGGGAAUAUUUCAAUUCGAUGAAAAGAGAAUACGGGAUCGAUCCUGGUAUCGAACAUUACGUGUAUAUGCUCGAUCUCGUUGGCCGUUCUGGGAAUCUCGGCUUUGCCAAGCGUUUCAUCGAAGAAAUGCCGAUUUCACCUACAGCUCGGAUUUGGGGUUCUUUGUUAAACGCGAGCAGGAACCACGACGACAUAGCCAUGGCUGAAUUUGCAGCAGAACAGAUAUUUUUGCUGGACCACGACAACACGGGAUGUUAUGUCCUGCUCUCGAACAUGUACGUUGAUGCUGGGAGAUCGGAAGAUGUCAAGAGGGUGAAGCUUCUCAUGAAGAACAAAGGCAUCUCCAGAACAAUGAAUCGAAGUUUCGUCGAGUCAAAGGGCAAAACACAUAUCUUCGAGAACGGAGACAGCUGCCACGUCGAAAGAAACGCCAUUUACAAUGUCUUGGAUGUCAUCUCGAGGAUGAUUGGGGAAGGAGAAAGUUCCGUUCGUCGUCUUCUCAAGUUUCGACCGGAGAAUCUGGUGAAGAGCAGAGGGAAUUCGCCGGAAAGACAUUCAGUGAGACUGGCAACGUGUUUUGGGUUGAUCUCUACGGCAACAGGAAAGCCAGUUCUGUUGAGAAACAACACAAGAAUCUGCAAGAAAUGUCACGAAUUCUUGGAGAAAGUGUCGAGAAUCACUCGAAGAGAGAUCGUUGUGGGAGAUUCCAAGAUUUUCCAUCACUUCUUCAACGGUGGAUGCUCUUGUGGAAACUACUGGUGAAACUGUUCCACACAGGAAUUGAUAGAGAUAUCGCGGUACAAUGUACAGUUAGCUUCUCUUCUCUUCUCUGUUUUUUCUUUUUGUAUUGUAUCUUCAUGUUCCUUAAAUCUUGCAAAAAUGAUGAUCUUACAAGCUUAUCGCAUUACACUUGAUA